AUGGCGGCAUCACUGUUUACUUUCUCCUCCACUUCAAGAAGAGUUGUACCAGCUCCAAACUCUCCUCCUCUUCCCAUAUACAUCAAAGCCACAAACAUCGUUUUCAACCUUGAUAUACCAGAUGUUCAUCGCGGUCUUGGACUUGAUGAUUUUGUCGAUUUUUUAGUAUCCUGCAGACUUCGAUACGCUAUCAGUGAGGUUCCAUCAGAGUUCUUUCUCGAACAAGUAUGUGAGUUCUACUACACCGCAAUGGUUAAUAAAGAAAACAACAUCAUCUCCUGUUGGAUAAGGUGUCUAAGUCCAUAA